AUGAAAGUAGUGCAGCUAGUCAAUACGGACAAAAGUACCAUUGAAAUGAUAAUUGGCUGGUUCGCUAAAACUGGAAUAUUCGAUUUAUUAAAAGGUGGAAGUCCUUCAUUUGGCAUUACGGUGCAAGACGGCAAAAAAAAAUUGGUAAUUAACCGGUUAUGCUACUUUCAUUUAUGGAAUGGAAUAAAAGCGGUUAUUGAUAAAAAUUUGUUUUGUUUUGGAAAUAUAGCUUUGUCGUCUUCCGGCCAUUUCCGUUUAAUUUUAUGUUUUGGUAAUGGUUUGUGGAUUGCUUUUCGGCCGAUAAUCACAUCCUUUCGGUAUUGCCCGUAA